UUGAAAGAAUUUCCUGAGCUCUCUACAUUUUUAUCCUUUGAUAAAUUAAUUCUAAAGGGGUGUAAAAUGCUUACGAAAGUUUCUGACUCGAUUGGAAUGCUGAAAUACUUAGUUGAGUUGGAUGUCUCAUUCACAAGCAUUGUGGAGUUGCCAAAUAGCAUUGUCAAUCUAAAGAGUUUGAAAGUGUUGAAGAUUGGCGGCGGUUGCAUGCAAAAGUUACCGAUGCCAUUGGGAUGAUGGAAAAACUUGAGGAAAUUUAUGGAGAGGAUUGUCGGAUGCUAGAAGUGAUUCCUAGUGAUAUUAUGAGACUACCAUUCUUGCGGAUUUUGAAAUUAACAGGAACUUGUCAUAUGAAUGUACCAAUGCUUCCACAUAGUUGGGUGGCUACAAGAUUGAAGGUCAUUGAUCUAUCGUAUUGCAUAAUGUUGAAAGAAAUUCCUGAGCUCUCUGCAUUUUUAUCCUUAGAAAAAUUAAUUUAAAGGGGUGUGCAAUGCUUACGAAAGUUUCCGACUCAAUCGGAAUGUUGAAAUAUUUAGUUGAGUUGGAUGUCUCAUUCACAAGUAUUGUAGAGUUGCCAAAAUAGCAUUCUCAAUCUAAAGAGUUUGAAAGUGUUGAAGAUGAUGGUAGUUGCAUGCAAAAGUUACCGAUUCCAUUGGGAUGAUGGAAAAACUUGAGGAAAUUUAUGGAGAGAAUUGCCGGAUGUUAGAAGUGAUUCCUAGUGAUAUUGUGAGACUACCAUUCUUGCGGAUUUUGAAAUUAACAGGAAUUAAUGAUAUGAAUGUACCAAUGCUUCCACGGAGUUCGGUGGCUACAGGAUCGAAGGUGAUUGAUCUGUCGUACUGCAAAAUGUUGAAAGAAUUGCCUGAGCUCUCUACAUUUUUAUCCUUAGAAAAAUUAAUUCUAAAGGGGUGUAAAAUGCUUACGAAACUUUCGGAGUCGGUCGGAAUGUUAAAAUAUUUAGUUGAGCUGGAUGUCUCAUUCACAAGCAUUGUGGAGUUGCCAAAUAGCAUUGUCAAUCUUAAGAGUUUGAAAGUGUUGAAGAUUGGCGGUAGUUGCAUGCAAAAGUUACCUGAUGUCAUUGGGAUGAUGGAAAAACUUGAGGAAAUUUAUGGAGAGGUUUGCCGGAUGCUAGAAGUGAUUCCUAGUGAUAUUGUGAGACUACCAUUCUUGCGGAUUUUGAAAUUAACAGGAACUUGUGAUAUGAAUGUACCAAAUGCUUCCACAGAGUUCGGUAAGUAUAUAUAUCUUCACAUGUUUGAGAAAAAGAUUAGAGAUCUCCAAUUUAUCGAGUCAAAAAAAUCUUAA